AUGUUCACUUUGUGGUCGUUGGUAGAAGCAUCGUUAUUAUUUCUGAACGCUGUGUGUGUUUUAAGCGAGGAGCGGUUCCUGUCCAAAUAUGGAUGGGGUAUGUCAGCACAGGUGCAAGGAUUCGGAGAGCCCACGUCAACCAAAGCACAGAUAUUGCUGCUCGUCCGGUCUAUACGAACUGUGGCCAAAAUACCUUUAAUAUUUCUUAAUAUAAUAGCAAUAAUGUUUAAAUUAAUUCUUGGCUGA